UUUCUGUUAGUGUCAAUAUCGGUUGGAAAUGAAUUUAUUUAAUUGUCAAGUUGUUUUACUUUGAAUGACGUUAAUAGGCCUGGAGUUUAUUAAUUAUUUACUUUAUCAUUUUCUAAUUAUGAUCAAUGUUUUUACUUCACCUGUUGGCCGAUUUAACCAUCAACCGCCCGAACUCCAAUUAUCUUAGAUUUCCAUUAACAAUAACACCAUCAUCAUCAUCAACAACAACAACAAGUAACAAACAACAAAAUAUUGAAAGAUCUUGAUUCUCUUUUAUUUUUUUCCCUUUCUUUUUUGUUUGUUUGUUAUAUACUCAUCAUUUUUUUCUCUUGUUCUUAUCAAAUAAUAAGUUAAAUAACAAGAACAACAAAAUGUUCAACUGUCUUGGUGAGCUUUGGCUCAAUGUGAUCACUUAUACACCUAUUCUGAUAGCCACCUAUCUUUUAAUUAUACCAACAUUUGGAAUCCAAACGGGUGUUAGUCGAUUCUACAUCAGAGUGUUAAUGUCAACAUUUGAGUUUUGCCGGCAAACAAUUGAAAAACAAGAGAGGAAAACAAGGCUUCAUCAAUUAAGGAAACAUGAAUUGGAAACAUCGUCCGAUGAAGAUGAGAAAAAAGAAACUGAAGAAAAGCGUAACGUGAUAAAAGAUUUUUUCCCUGAUGAUGAUGAGGAUGGAGAUUGUCUACAUGAAUUUGUCCUCUCCGAUAUAUUUGACUUUUCUCUUCGUGGUAUUGAAGCUGUGGUCGAUGAUGAGGUUACCAAACGUUUCUCAACGGAAGAACUGCAAACCUGGAACCUAUUAACUCGUACCAACAAAAAUUACCUUAAUGUAUCUUACAAAUUACUCUUUCUUUGGUCCAUUGGUUGGAUUUUUAGAUUUUGUGUCCUGUUUCCUAUUCGAAUGUUUAUAUUCAUUUUUGGUAUGAUUUACUUACUUAUAACCAUGGCACUGGUUGGCCUGCUGAAAGAAUGCGCUUUCAAAAGAUGGCUCUACGACCAUACCAGUGUAAUAGCCUUUCGAAUACUUUCCAGAAGUUUAUCAGCCACCAUAAAUUAUCACGACACUCAAUAUAAACCUAGAGGUGGCUCUUUAUGUGUUGCCAAUCAUACCUCACCAUUGGAUGUACUCAUAUUGCACAAUGAUAAUCCAUAUGCACUUGUUGGGCAACUUCACGGCGGUUUCUUGGGGCUAAUUGAAACUGCCCUUAAUCGUGCCACUUCCCAUUGUUUCUUUGAUCGAUUUGAAGUAAAAGAUCGAAGUGCCGUUGUCCGUAAAAUGCGAUCACACAUCAUGGAUCCUAAAAAGUUACCUAUCCUCAUCUUUCCCGAAGGAACUUGUAUCAACAAUUCAGCCGUAAUGAUGUUCAAAAAGGGUAGCUUCGAGGUUGCUGAUGUUGUCUAUCCAGUUGCCAUUAAAUAUGAUCAAAUAUUUGGUGAUCCUUUCUGGGAUUCAAGUAAAUAUGGUUACUUUACUUAUAUCAUCAGAAUGAUGACAAGUUGGGCAAUUGUCUGUGAUGUCUUUUAUAUGAGGCCUAUGACCAGAGAGGACCAUGAGUCUGCUGUAGAUUUUGCCAAUCGUGUUAAGAAAGCAAUCGCCCGUCGGGGUGGAUUAGUUGAUUUAGAAUGGGAUGGACAAUUAAAAAGGCAACGGGUAAAACCUGAAUUGAGAGCCAAAGUUCAAAGUGAAUAUAGUAGGAAGCUAAGUACCAAAAAAGCUCCAAAUACAAAUGAAUUAUUUUUAACAGAAAAUAACGCAAUCAAUGCGUCUAAUACAUUAGAAACAAAUACCGUAACAAUUAAUUCUAAUUCUAUUCCUAAUUCUAUACCUAUUUCUGAUUCUAUCUCUAUUGCUAAUUAAUAAAAUCAAAAUUAAACAUAAAAAAAAAACCUAAAAGUAAACCAAAUCCCAGAGAGAAAAGUUUUCAACACCAAACCACCUCAAUAUUUUUAAUCGAAGAGAAAAACAAAACAAAUUAUAAAUCAACUAUUUUAUCGAUGAUUCGAUUGUUGCGAUUUUUGUACCUACUCGAAAGCAAUUCGAAGAAAAUGGAAACCAUAAUAAUAGAGAGAGAGAGAGAGAGAGAGAGAAAAGCUCAACACUAAUUGUGAAUGGAAAGAGAAUUAAUUUUUUCUCCGCCGAAUUGUUGAUUAUUUUGAUCUUGUAACAAUUACGAUAAUUUUAUUAAUGGUAAUCAUCAUUUCGAUACAAAGUUUGAUUAGCUAUUGAUCCAAUUAAAUUGGUGUUUUAAUGGAUUUAACUAAAUUAUCAAAGUGUCUUCUCCUCUUACUCUGUCACCAUGUUAAUUGUGUCAAUAAAUUGUUGAGUGAUAAUGAUUACCAUUACUAUUAAUAUCAUAAUCUUAAUUUUUUUUUAUCUCUUUCAUCUCAUUCACUAAUUAUUAUUAUCAUUUGUAAUUAUUAUUUAAAUGAAAUCAGCAAAAAGUAAAACGUUUAACCAUCACAAUCAACAGCCAAUUGCUAACUAAAACUAUUAUCGCAAUUAAAAUGAUGCGUGUACAUAAUUAACACAAUCAAACUGAAAUUAACUUGUGAAAUGUGUACAUAAUAAUAACUGUUAAUUGUUAAUUUGCAAAGAAAUGAGAAAAUAAUAAUAAUUUGUAAACUGAUUAAUUGAUUUAUUUUUGUUAUUAUUUUUCUAAUUGUUAAUCAUUUGAAUAAUUGUUUCAAUAUUUUUCAAGGUUAAGGUGAUAAUCUGAAUGAGUGAAUAGAUGGAGAUGGAAAUACAAAAGGAAACAUAAUGUAAUUAAUUAUCAUUUUCAUUGGUUGAUUUGAUGUAAAAAGUGAAUUAUAAAUUUUGAUAAUCAAUAAUAAUCAACAAUGAUCAAAGAUAAUUGUUGAUUUGACUUUAAUAAGAAGGUAAUUUAAGAUGAUUAAGUUGGUUUCAUCUUCCAAUCUCUCUCAUAAUGUCAACUCUUCAAACAAUUUAGCCUCUCAAAUGAUUAUAAUUAUCAUCCAAUUUAAUCAAGUAUAACAGCACUUUGAUUGCCCUUGAUUGUUUCAUUCAUUUUCUACAAUUAAUUUAAUACCGAAUUUGAUUGUGUUUCUGUUGAUUGUCAGGUUUAAAUUGACGAGUUUAAUAUUAUUGUUCAAGUUUUCCAGUCACAAUCAGCUGAGUUUCCUUGUUCGUUGUAAAGUUUAUCAAUGUGAAUAAAGAAAAUUUUCAACAAAAUUGUGUUUCAUUUAAUUACGGGAAAUUUUCCAAUUGAACAAUUAACUAAUCGUGUAGAUAUUUAUCAACAAUUAAUCGAUCAAUGUAGUCACUUUGUACUUUAAACACGAAUCCAUUUGAUCAGUUUCCACGUUCUUGGUAAUAAAUGUUCACAACGAUUUGGUAAAAGUACCAAUACAUUUACGAUUUUAGUCUCUUUUUUUUCUUACUCUCUUCGAAUUGUCGAAUUUUUCUCUGUCUUUUCAUUCAGAAGAUUGGAAGAUUAAUUUACUUUCUAAUUAGAAAGAAAAAAGAAAGGGAAACGUAAACAACCCAAAUAAUCGUUUGGCAUCUUAAUCCAGUUCUAUUUAUGGUUCUAACUCAAUGUGUAGCAUUUAGAUUCUUAAUCCUUAAUCUAUGAAAAAAAGAUCAAAUUUCUGCUUCCAAUGAGUUAAUCGAUAUUUCCAAUCAAAAAUUAGUUGAUUCUAAUAUUUGUGCUAUUCUCGAUUCGAUUUGAUUAUUUCGCAAGGUCUUAAUUAACCCUCGACUCAACCAACAAUCAAAUCAGAUUCUCUUGUUGAUUACCUUGGAACUAUUGGUCGAUGUAAGUAAGAUGAAUUAGUGGGUAAGUGAGAUGGUUAAUUGUUCACAAUUAAUGUCUAAAUCAACAAAAGUGUAAAAUGAUCUGAAUAAGAUUAUAUUCCUGAGAAAUUAAAUUUACCGCUAUCAUUAUAUUCUGAUUACAUUAUAACAUAUGAUUGAGAUAAAGUAUCAUUCAUAAUUAUCAUUGUUAACUUUUUCUCAAUUUGUUAAUUGUUUGUUAAUUUAAUUAGUUGAAGAGCUUGAAAAUCAGGGCAAAGUUGCCAUCGAUGGACCAACGAUUGAAAAUUGACCAGAAGUAUUUAAUUUGGAUUAAUAUGAGGAAAGGAGCAAAUUGGAACCAUCAUCUAGUCAAUACUAUGGAUACAACGAAUUGCUCUAAAUUUUGAUCAAUCGGAUUUACGAUGAGCCUGUGUAGGAAAAUUGGACUUAAUUAUGGAUCUUAAUUGGAUCACUCGGAGACUUUACAGAAAUACAAACUUCGAGUUGUAAUGAAAAUUUUCAAAUCUACAAUCAAGUGAACCGUUGAUGGUAUCCACAAUAAGAAUCCCGUUGAAAUUAUUUGCCUUUUUGUUGCCUUGAUUAGAACCCAUCGAACCUGAUCCGGUUACCCGAAGAUGUCACCAGAAAAGAGAUGGACAGUUACACACUCGAACUGUAACUGAACAAUUAACUGGGCUCAUCAAAUGAUGAGCUUGAUAAUAAUGAUACAAGAAUUUAAGAUUCUUAUGAUACUCUAUUUGAUCAUAUUCUCUAUAAAUUGUUGAACGAUCUUUGGUUAAUUUUGUCAUUCGUCAUUUGGACCUACUCAACAUUGAAUGUUUUCUGGUUCAUCGGGACAGGAUUUAGAUACAAUCAAUUUAGCGAUGCUCGAUUACCAAUCUUCCUAAUGGACCCACAUGAAGGGGUUUUGGACAAUAUUUAUCAAAGACCUUAUCGAUCUGGUCGUUGAUACACUAAGCGACAAAGAACUUGCUUGUUACCUCAUAAUUGCAUUAAUUGUUCGCCAAUCAAUAAAUCACACAACGUUUAUGUCUCAUUUAAUUGAUGGAAGAUUCUGUAUUUAUGUAUGUGGAUUGUUAUUCAGUUUUCUCUUAAUAUAUGCAACUAAUUAUUUCUAUUCUCAUCAAUCUCUUAGGUUAAUUAAAAGUUCCAGCCUAGGAUAUUGUCGAUGCUGACCUUUGAAACGAUUCUAUGAGUUCUCCAUACCCUUUUCGAUAAAUACAAACUUAUCUGAUAUUUGAUUCGCUUGAAAGAUGAAUGAAUCUCUGGCACAAAUUUUAAUCUAAUUCAUUAAUCGACAAUCAAUUUUAUUUUAUCUAAAACACUAAAUUAUAUAAAAUUACUAUUCAAAUCUAUGUUUAGAUUAUUUUGUUUCGUUUAAAAUGAAAUUAACUUUGCUUUUUAUCAAUCAAUUUAAUGGAGAAAAAUGAAAAAAGUUAUCAUUUCUAUUAUUAAAAUAUUCUUCUGAUCAACUAA